AUGCCGUCCUCCGCCCACCUCCUCGGCGCAUUCGUGCUGCUGGCCCGUCUGGCGACGGCGACAGUCCCGCAUCACGAGAGCGCACUUCCGUCGUAUCUCUACGGCGCUCCCAUAUCGGUCGAGUGCAUGAACCGCAGCAUAGAAACCGGCGAGCACAUCCAGGACGCCCACGACGAGAUCCAAUGGAUCCCGUUCCCCGUGUGCAGCGAGACCUCGAAGCCGCUCGAGUUCCACUACGGCGUCGAGGCCGAGGUGAACUGCACCAUCCCCAUGAUCGACGACCCCUUCUUCCACCUGCUCGAGUUCUACAUCCACAGCGACGCGCCGCUGGCCUGCCGCCUGCCCUCGCGCCCGCCCGCCCACGUCGAGGCCGUCGGCGAGAAGCCCCACAAGAUGGAGUACGUCCCGCUCGUCUUCGCCCUGGCCGGCACCCUGCAGCUGAGCCAUCUGCACAUCAGCACGCACCUGAACGUGCUGCUGCACAGCACCCCGAAGCACCACAUCCACCCGCACGACUCGGGUGUGCUCGACUCCGGCGCCGCCUACAGCACGAGCCCCCUGAGCCACAUGGAGGGCAGCCAGACCAAGAGGCUGGUCAUUGGGGACCCCUUACCCCUGAGCUUCAGCGUUCGGUGGUUCCCGACGCCGUCGCUGCCCAAGACCGAGGGCAAGGUCGAAUGGCAGGGCAUGGGCGGUCACAUUUACGCGAGCACAAUAUUCUACGGCCUCGUGUCGUUCAUCGCGGGAGCUCUGGCGAGCACAAUGUACUUCUUCGGGGUCGUCUUGCCCAAGAAGUUAAAGGGCAGAGGACUGGGAGGCGCAACACCACUUGGGUACGGGAUGAACGGCAAGGGUGUCGGCAACGGAUGGGGCAUCUCCAAGAGAAUCGAUUGA